AUGUAUUUCAAGUCUUUCGUUAGUGCUUUGGCACUCCCGAGCCUCAUACAGGCCGCUUCGGUCUCCUAUGUCGACCCCGACACCAGCAUCACGUUCCAGAAGUGGACUGAUGCCACCAGCAAGUUCAGCUUCGGUAUUGCUCUGCCGACCGAUCCCUCUACCGACUUCAUCGGCCAGAUCUCGGCCCCCAUCACCGAAGGCUAUGCUGCUCUCGCCCUUCGAACCUCCAUGGCGGGCAGCUUGCUCAUCGUGGCUUGGCCCAACGGCGAGACGGUCGUGUCUUCGCUGCGUGAGGCCACCGGUUACACCAACCCCGAUGUUCUCGACGACGACACCGUCUCUCUCAAGACCAUCGAGACUGGAACCUCUGUCAACGCCACUGCCUUCACUUACACCUUCCUCUGCUCAGGAUGCAUCAAGACUGAUGACUCCACCUUCGCCGCCAGCGACGACACUGCUUCCAUGGGCUUUGCUCUCAGCACCACUGCUCUUGACACUCCUGCUUCUGCUUCUGGCGCGCUGAACUACCACUCCGCCGGCUUCGGUGGCUUCGGUAUCGAUCUGGCCUCUGCUCAGUCCUCAGACUACGCUACCUGGGCCGCCCUUGCUUCUGAGGAUUCGACCACGACCCCUGAUACUGGCAGCGGUAGCGGAACCGUCCCCGCCAACCUGACCACCAUCAUCAGCAACGUUACCUACGACUACAUUGUUGGUGGUGCCGGAGCUGCUGGUCUCAUUGUUGCCGAGCGACUUGCUGAGUCGGGUGCUUCUGUACUUCUUCUCGAGCGUGGACAGGCUUCUCUCUACUCCAGCGGCGGAGAUGCCACCAUGGACUGGAACAACACCGUUACCCAGUACGACGUGCCUUCCAUGGGAUACUACCUGUCCACCGCCUCUGACACCAGCGAGUACUGCACCGACACUGCCAGCCAGGCCGGCUGCAUCUUGGGAGGAUCGACCGCCAUCAACGCCAUGAUGUUUGUCAAGCCCAACAGCGAGGACUUCUCCAAGUGGCCCGCGGGCUGGAGCUGGGAUACCGUCGAGGCUUCCGCAGAGAGGCUCUACGCGCGUACUCCCGGAACCACCAGCCCUACGGCCGACGGCGAGCUGCACGACCAAGGUGCCUGGGAUGUGCUCAGCACUUGGCUUGACGGCAACGGCUUCACCGAGGUUGAUGCCAUUGCUGAGCCCGAGAAGAAGCGAAAGAUCUACUCGCACCCCCCGAUCAUGGUCAACAACGGACUCCGCGCCGGCCCCGUUCGUGAUUACCUCCCGUUGGCUCAGGCCCUGCCCAAGUUCUCACUGCAGCUCAACUCCAAGCUGCUCCGAGUCGUCCGCACCGGCAGCACCAUCACCGGUGUCGAAGUGUCAACUGGCGCCGCCACCCGCCAGAUCAUCAACCUCAACACCAACGGUGCCGUCAUCCUCGCUUCUGGUGCCCUUUCCACCCCCCGUGUUCUGUUCAACAGCGGUAUCGGCCCUACCGCGCAGAUCCAGACCGUGUCCAACGGCUCUACCCAGAUCACUCUUCCCGCCUCAUCUGACUGGAUCAACCUGCCCGUUGGCGAGAACCUCCAGGACCACCCCAUCUUCACUGUCAACCUGCAGACCAAGAACUCUUUGACCUCGCUCUCCAGCACUGACUUUACCUCGCCCAACGACACCAAUGUUGACUUGUUCGCUCAGGGAACUGGUGUUCUCGCCCAGUCGGGCCAGCGCCUGAACUUCUGGACCAGCAUCACCAACACCACCGAUGGCGUUGAACGAUUCAUCCAGGGUACCUGCAACUCCCCUUCCAACGACACUGUCCGCAUCAAGGUCUACCUCACCCACGGACUUACUUCCACUGGAACUCUGGGCAUUACCAGCGCUGGAGCCACCAAGCUCACCAAGGAGCCCUACCUGAACACUGCUGGCGACAAGGAGGCUAUCCUGUCCUUUAUGAGACAGCUCAUCUCUUAUGCCUCCAAGUCCGACAGCACCCUGUCCAUCGCGGCCAACACCACUGCCGAGUCCCUCAUCGCUGAGUACGUCACUGGCUCUCACUUUGUUGGAACCGCCCGGAUGGGUACCAGCAACGACGGCACCAGCGUUGUUGAUACCAACACCAAGGUUUGGGGCACUGACAACCUCUACGUUGUAGAUGCCAGCAUCCACCCCGAUCUGCCUACUGGAAACACUCAGGCCAUUGUCAUGGUCGCUGCUGAGCAUGCUUCUAAGAAGAUUCUGGCGGCAGGCGGAUCAUCCAACUCUACCACACCUGUCACUUCCAGGUGCCGAGCUGCCCGCAGACGCCGCAGCUUCCGACCCCGCUACGUGUAAAUAGCUAUUUUUCAAAC